CGAAAGCGCCGUGGGCGCCAUGGGGAAAAUUUUGUGUGUUGCGGAGAAACCUUCAAUUGCAAAGGCCGUAGCCAACCACCUCGCUCGCGCGCAAGCGCGGAACGUGAACGGUGUAACUUACGUGAAGAACUACGUUUUCGACUACAACUUCACGCGCUGGGGCGCAAGUAACGUCGUCUUCACGAGUGUUGUUGGACACAUCAAACACCAGGAGUUUGCCCCAAGAUAUUCGUCAUGGAACUCUUGCGAUCCGCUAGACCUAUUCGACGCUCCGAUAAUCAACUCCGUCGUUGAGGACAAAAAAGCCAUCGCUAGGAACAUUGAAGAGCAAGCUCGAGGCGCCCAAGCCCUUUUCAUUUGGACCGACUGCGAUCGCGAAGGCGAGCACAUCGGGACCGAGAUCCGGGACAUAGCCCUGAGAGUGAAUCCCAGACUAGACGUUAAGAGAGCACGAUUCAGCAACAUUGAGCGAGCUCAUGUCAUUAAUGCGGCAACAAAUCCAAUAUCGCUAGAUGAAAAGCAAGCAAACGCCGUGGCGGCCCGCAUAGAGUUGGACCUCCGCUUAGGGGCUGCGUUCACACGCCUGCAGACCUUGGCCCUCCAAUCCUUGAUCAGUCAAGAGAACAAAGUCAUCAGCUACGGUUCUUGUCAAUUUCCCACCUUAGGCUUCGUAGUCGAGCGGUACUUCCGAGUGAAGAAUUUUGUCCCGGAAACCUUCUGGCUACUCAAGCUGAUGCAUGAGAAGGAUGACAUCAAGGUCAACUUUAAUUGGAGGCGGGGGCAUCUCUUCGAUCGGAUGGCUGUUACCAUCAUAUUCGAAAGAUGCCUCGCGGCGAAAAUGGCAAGGGUGACGAGCAUGCAGACGAAGCCGACAUCGAAAUGGAAGCCCUUGCCGUUGACGACUGUAGAGCUGCAAAAAAUGGGCAGUAGAUUUCUACGAAUGGACAGCCAGCGGGUAAUGAAGGUUGCAGAAGAUUUGUACACGAAAGGAUGGAUAAGCUAUCCUCGGACCGAAACAGACCAAUUCGACAAGGGGAUGGACUUGAGGAGUCUCGUCGAGAAACAGCAACAAGAUGCAGACUGGGGCCCAUUUGCUCGGAAUCUUAUAAAUAGCCAGUUCAGACAGCCCCGGAGCGGGAGACACAACGAUCAAGCGCAUCCACCGAUCCACCCAGUCAACUUUGUCGUGAGGGAUCAGCUCCAAAACGAUGAAGAAAGACGAGUCUACGAAUUUGUCGUUCGCCGAUUCCUGGCCUGCUGUUCAGAAGAUGCCUUAGGCGAGUCGACGAACAUAGAGGUCGAAUACGGCGGAGAAGCCUUCCGAGCCCAUGGACUCAUUGUCAUCCAGCGCAACUACCUGGACGUGUACCCGUACGACAAAUGGGAAAGCAGCCAGCAACUACCACGAUUUGAUGUUGGUGAAACAUUUGUUCCGAAAGAGGUUCAGAUGACGGAUGGAAAGACCACAGCGCCAGGAUACUUGACUGAACCAGAGCUGAUCUCGCUCAUGGAUGCAAACGGUAUUGGCACCGAUGCCACAAUGGCGGAGCACAUUGCUAAGAUCAAGGAGCGUGCCUACGUUAUGACAAGACCAAAAGGCGGCGGUCGGGCUGGUGGCAAUGGCGAAGUACGCUUGACUACGGGUUCACGAGGAGGUAGAAGCGGGACGGGUCGAGGACGAGUGGCGGGGGACAGUGGGAAUGCAGCUCCUGCGGCUGGCAAUAGCGGGAUUCAAGAAUUCAUACCAACAACGCUUGGGGUGGCACUGAUCGAGGGAUACGACAACGUGGGCUUUGACACGAGUCUGAGCAAGCCGUUCCUGCGCAAGGAGAUGGAACUGCAGAUGCGAGCAAUAUGCGCAGGCACGGCGACUCGCAGCGAUGUGGUGCAUCAAAAUUUGGAGCUGUACAGAGCGGUCUUCAUGCGGACAGCGCAGCAGAUGAACGUGCUCAAGACGGCCAUCAGAAAGUACAUACCACAGGCGAAUGGCUGAGAAGCGCUGAGACGGCCAUGAGCGGGCCUGGGGCCUUGCAUGAAGCUGCGGGGAAGUCCUGCAGUCGCGCAACAC